UCGGCCUCGGUCGCCCGGGUAACGCGCGGCGGGCGGCAGCCUCACCAUGAGCGUGCGGGUGGCGCGGGCCGCGUGGGCCCGGGGUUGGGGCGCGGGCCGCCGCCGCGGCGCCGCGGACUUCCCGCUGCCGCCGCCGCGCGCCGUGGACGUGGCGGAGCUGCUGCGAGACGACACAGCCGCGGAGGAAGGCCCGCGGGAGGCGGCGGCGCGGCGGCCGCCGGGCCAGUGCUCGGUGCUGCUCUUCCCGGGCCAGGGCAGCCAGGUGGUGGGCAUGGGCGGGGGGCUGCUCCGCUACCCGCGCGUGCGCGAGCUCUACGCCGCCGCCCGCCGCGUGCUGGGCUACGACCUGCUGGAGCUGAGCCUGCACGGGCCGCAGGAGGCCCUGGACCGCACCGCGCACUGCCAGCCCGCCGUCUUCGUGGCUUCGCUGGCCGCCGUGGAGAAGCUGCAUCACCUGCAGCCCGCGGUUAUUGAAAACUGUGUUGCUGCUGCCGGAUUCAGUGUGGGAGAAUUUGCAGCCCUAGUGUUUGCUGGAGCCAUGGAAUUUUCUGAAGGUUUGUAUGCGGUGAAAGUCCGAGCAGAGGCCAUGCAGGAAGCCUCGGAAGCUGUCCCCAGCGGGAUGUUGUCUGUCCUCGGCCAGCCUCAGUCCAAGUUCACCUUCGCCUGUUUAGAAGCCCGGGAACACUGCAAGACUUUGGGCAUAGAGAACCCCGUGUGUGAGGUGGCCAACUACCUCUUUCCUGAUUGCAGGGUGAUCUCAGGACACCUGGAGGCGCUGCAGUUCCUCCAGAAGAAUUCCUCCAAGUAUCACUUCAGACGCACCAAGAUGCUGCCCGUUAGCGGGGGGUUCCAUACCCGCCUCAUGGAGCCGGCCUUAGAGCCCCUGGCACAAGUUCUGAAGUCGAUUGGCGUCAAGAAGCCUCUGGUUUCCGUCCACUCGAACGUCGAUGGGAAUAGAUACAUGCAUCCCAAACACAUCCAGAAACUGCUGGUGCGGCAGGUGGUCUCCCCGGUGAAGUGGGAGCAGACGAUGCAUGCCAUAUAUGAGAGGAAGAAAGGCACGGAGUUCCCCCAGACUUUUGAAGUGGGCCCUGGGAAUCAGCUCGGAACCAUCCUGAAGAGCUGUAACCUGCAGGCUUGGAAGUCCUACAGGCACGUGGAGGUGCUGGAGGACGACGGGACUUAGACCAGGCCCCCCGGCGGAUCUCCUGGUGCCCGGGGCGGCGGGGGCGCAGCUUGGGAGGCAGAAGGGGACCCAGGAGGGGCUGCAGCGGGCCUGGACCUGCCCUGCCUGUCCCUAGGCCUCCUCCUCCAAGUGAUUGGGAGGCAGUGUUUGCAAAGUGGUUUGAAGGCCACAUAAAAAGCACUAGACGUGAGUAUUUCUUGACCUGCCAAGGUCCGUUUCUCCCCCAGGUCUAUUCCAAGGCCGGGGGGAAAGCUGCAGCUAGGCCAGAAGAGUCUGCCCGGAGGCAGACCUCACACCCCUGGGCUCUGGUGGCUCCUCUGCGGCCUGUGGCCUGUCACUCCACCCACGGCCAGAAUCUCAGCCCUUUCAUCACGGAAAGCAAAGGGCUUUCAGACACAACCGGCCUGGGCAGCCAUCCUGUGCACCCCACUCUCCAUAGUUGGGAGACUCAGUCCCACAUUUGUUUAUCUACCCAACAGAUGGUAUUGAGCACCUGCUGUCUACCCGUAAGCAAGCGGCCUCUGCCCUGGUGGGGAAGAGAGUCCGUAGCCAGGCGGGAAGGGUCUGGGGAGGCCGGCUGAGGGCCCUGUUUCCUCCCCCGCCCCCAGGCAGCCCUGCAGACAGUGAUCGCUAAGUGUCUGCUCUGUGUCCGUGACCUCCCUUGGCACAGGCCACCCCCCUAGCGCUUCCCUGCCCCCUCCACACCGUAGCAGAGCGCAGGCUCUCGGUGGACGCCGCUCCUGCGCUGAUACUAAAUAGGAGUCAUUCUAAGCUCCUCGGUGGCUUUUUCCUUCAUCGGUGAUAGUGGGAAACCCAUCCAGAUACGGGAUCUCUGCAUUUGUCUGUAAAUGUCUGUGUAGACACCUGUCAAAUCCCGGGUAGGUUUCUCGUUUUUAAUUCCGCAGGGUUUCUCGGCAGGGGCCCCGUCAGCCUCUGGGCAGAACUGGCUCAUGAUGUGGGCUGCUGUCCUGGCUCCCGGCCGCUCUGUACCAGUGACCCUUCUAGACCUGGUGACCCGCACGUACCCACGUGUGUCCGCAGCACUGGCCGAGAGCCCCUGCGAAGAGGACCACGGAACCCCAUCUUCCCCACCGCUGGAGUUUGAGUGUUCUCUGGAGUUCAGUGAGGAUCUCUUAAAACUCCCAUCUUAGAAAUUUUCAAACAUUCACAAAGAACCUUGCUGUUACUAUUUUUGGUGGGCAGCAAAGUUCAUGGAGCAAUAGUACAAAGCUCCCAAAGAGGGAGGGGACCCGAGAGGGUUGCCCGAAACUUGCUGUUACUUUUAAAGAGUGCGGAGUCUGUCCGAACCCUCCCCCGAGCGCUGUGGUGGCGGCCGCCCUGGGAGACCGGCCAGGCCAGGCCUGCGUUCUCUGGGGGUGCUGCAGGCAGGGAGGGGGGGCGGUUACACUCCGCUCUGAGGAGCACAGUCCCACGUAAGGGAGCUGGAGAAGCGGCGGAGGGGGAGUGUUCCCGCAUGGCAGGCCUUCCUGCUUCUCUGGGCACGGCCCUUUUCCUCAGGAUCCAGCCAGACUCCAAGCCACAGGAGGGAGAAGGAACAGCAUUCAAAGGGCAUAUGGUGCUGCCUUAAGAAGGUUCCAGAGGGGCGCCUGGGUGGCUCAGUUGGUUAAGCGACUGCCUUCGGCUCAGGUCAUGAUCCUGGAGUCCCGGGAUCGAGUCCCGCAUCUGGCUCCCUGCUCAGCAGGGGGUCUGCUUCUCCCUCUGACCCUCCUCCCUCUCGUGCUCUCUGUCUCUCAUUCUCUCUCUCUCAAAUAAAUAAAAUCUUAAAAAAAAAAAAAAAAAAGAAGGUUCCAGAAAACUGGCAAAGUCUCUGGCUACACUGCAGGGGCUGCCCAGUAGGGGGAACCCAAAGGUGUGGGCAGGCAGUGCUCACCUCCACGACGGGAGCCCUGGGCUGGGUGGAUGGGCCCUUGCCCCGCCCCACCCCUGCAGACUUUGAGUCUGGAUGAGUGACAGAAGCAUAGGGUGGGGAGGGGAGUUCUGGGGGGGAGCUCAGGGUCUGGGGUGAGGGCCUGAGGGGCUGUGGUGGAUCCUACAUCCUGCUCCUUGGCAGGAUCUGGGCCAGUGUGCGCCCCCUUGAGAACACCGCGUGCCAUCGUUGGCCCCAUGGUGCUGGCCCCGAGGUGGGCACACCUGCCACCACGUUUGUGUCCCGUGCCCAUGGAGACACUGGGCCUGUUCCUCGUUUCUCUUUCCAGCAGCUUGCCUCCCUCGGUCCUCCUGGAAUUGGGAGCUGCUUCCCUGCCUGGCAGGAACAGGUUUCCCUGGGCACGUUCUAAGAGAAUCAGAUCUUGCCUCAUCCCCAGAAAUCUUGACUGGACCAAGGGCCUUGACCAAAAGCCUCAGAAACAGCAAAGAUGACGGGGCCCCUCACACCCCUGCAGCCUUGUCACCUCCUCUGGGAAGGUGCUUCACUGUUUCCAGGGGCCUCCACCCCAGGCCCCCCAUGGAAUAGCAGUCUGUGUCCACCCUGUGGCAGUGGCCCUGGGACCCGCUGCAGAGGGGCCCCAGGAGAUGGGAGCAUUGUGGGGCGAUUCUCUAGGGAUCGUGAGGCCGAAGGGUAACCAUGUCACCCCUGCCCCCCUUCCUAGUAGGGCGAGGCCUCCAGUCCUUCCUUUUUGGGGUUGGCCAAGUGAUUUCUGGUAUCACUGUUGCUAAGCAUCUGUUUGCAACUUGUGGAAGUUGCCACAUGGAUCAGCCAGACUGGGUUUGACCAUCACCCCUUCCUCAUCUGGGCCUCAGCGUCUCAGCACCCCCUGCAGGCUGGACUAGACGGCAUCAAUGGGCAAAGACCCCAAUCUGGUUGGGAUCAGAGGAUCCCAGUGCCACUCUGGUCAAGCCCCUUCCUUCUCUGGGCCUCAGUUUCCCACUUGUAGGCUGGGCUGUCUUGAGCAGACGAGUGAAAAUGCCGGCUCCAGAUGCAGCCGCAUCCACUUCGUGUGGGGGUGCAGAAGCUGUGGCAAGCUCCUCUCGGCCCUAGGGUUGGCAUGAACUGACGAGACAGCAAGUCAGACACCGGCCCAAGCCACCCCAGGGCCUUUGUAUGUGCUGCUCCUCCUUGCUGGGUGACGCCUUCGUUUUCUCCACAGCCAGUAUCUUCUGGGUCUCAUCCACCCCAGCCCCAUUUUCAGUCCUUUAUUGCCCUCAAACACAGCCCCAAUCCUUAGCGUCUUUGUGUGCUUUUUAAAGAGAAUGUGUGAUUUGAGGGACCAUGUCUUCACCACAACCCCAGAACCCGUGCCCAAGCCUAGCGCAGUAGGGGCUCCGCUGACAUCCAUGGGUGGGAAGAAUGUUGCAAACGCUAGAACACCUGGGGAAGGGGUCCCCAAAUCCCUGCAGGGAAGAGCCACUGCGUUGGCUGCACCUGGGGGCUCCACAAACAGCCAUUUGCACUCCCUCCUCUCU